AGGUGCACGGAACAGAUUUUGGAUGCUCGCGCAGUCGUCGGCGGAACCUUCCGCCACAGCACAGGGAACGACGUGGCGCUUGGAAAGGUCGCGCCUGCUGCUGCCAGGCGUCGAGAUCGGGGGACUCAGGACUGGUGUAUAACUGUCUGGCCUUCCCAUAAUGAACAGUUCUGGGUCUGGCUCAAAGAAAAGUGGUAGGCAAACCACCUUUCAAAACCCUAGUGGUGAAGAUGAAAGACAACGGCAGCAGGAACGCCUUUGUAGAGAGGAAGCCUAUUACCAAUUUAUUAAUGAACUCAGUGAUGAAGACUAUCGGUUAAUGAGAGAUUACAACCUCCUUGGGACUCCAGGAGAAAUAACAGCAGAUGAUCUGCAACGUCAUUUGCAAGAAGCGAAGGAAGAUCUGGUAUCCCAGUCAAAUACAAAAAACAGGGAAGGUGAUACAGUUAGAGAUUCAGAGACUCUUGGGCUAAACUCAACCAGUGAUUCCCUACCAGAAUGGCUGAAUUCAUUACGUCAUACAGGAAAUUCCUCCCACAGCGAACAGAGGGGGAACCAGACUUGGGGAGUUGUGAGCCAGGUGAACCCAACUCACAGAGGAUUCCAGUUUAUAAAUGUAAAUCAUGAGCAUAAUGGUGGGAAUGGUCCCAAUGAAGAAUCUGAAGGCAUCUCACAUGGCUUUACUAUCCAAAGUCAUGCCGAAAAUACACCUCCAAUUGCAGAUAGCCAAAUAGUCAGCCAAACUAGAAAUAGGGUACUGAGAAAGACAUUUGGACAUACGAUUGCCUUCUCUAGUAGUGGUAGCAGAAGUGGUUUAGUGGUUCAAAAUGGUGAAGAAUUACCUCGAUUUUUCUCAGCCAGCUCAGCAACGAACAACCCCUUCUUAGAUGACAAUGAACACAUUAUCAGACAAAGGAGAGUACAUAGAGAUGCAUCCAUGAGGCUUCAGAGAGUUAGAACUUGGAGGAAGACAAGACAAAGAUCAAAAGUGUUGAGGAGUCAAAGUCAGAUCCUGUUGGAAGGAUGGCAACUUAGUGAUACUCAACAAAUCCAGACAAGGUCUGGAAGAACACAUACAGUUCAUUCUCCUCCACAUGAUGAAGCACCAUCAGAUGAAGCGCCAUCAUUGGAUAUAAUUGUGGAAGAGGAGGCCUCUGGGAUGUUCACAACCAUACUUGAAAGGCAUCCCGGUGUUACAUUAAAUCUUCCUGAAGCAUACAGCGAUCAGCCAAGGAUUGUCAACAGAAUUCAUUCAAGAGCAGACAUGGCAGAGAACUCGGUUGCUGCUGAAAGUAAUAGUGGCGGUUUUUCUCUGACCAUUUCACAACCUGAACACACAGGCAGGCAGACUGAUGAUAGCACGACAUAUACACUUCCUGGCAGCGUAUCACUAAUUUCAUUAGUGCUUCUAAGAUCAAUCAUAAGUCAAGUUAUCACUGUGUUACAAGACGUAAGUUCAUUAAUAGACAUUGGGUCACAUCAUGCAAUGCAGAUGGGUCUUCAUCAGUUAUCAGAGAUGCGGUCAGUGCUGUCUAACUUGCAGAGUCUAAUCAAUAUUGGUCAAUUCAGAGAAACAUCACUCGGCAGCAGUCUCGCUGAACAGGGUAGUGGAGAAUGGGACAGGGAGUCCAGUGCUGCGCAACAUGGCAGCGAUGAUGAUGAAACCCAAGAUAGCAGCCGGUUUCGGGAUGCAAACAAUUUAACUGGAGAUGGGACACAUCCCAUUCUGCGCCUUGUGCCUCAUUUUUUGUCAGAUUACCAUACCAGUGACCACUUGAGGGGAUUAACCGAAGGCCAGAUGGACAGUCUUUUCACUCACAAUUAUGGGGCCACCACUGCAGUAGAGGGUGAAAUAAAUAAGACCUGCACUAUAUGCAUGAAUGAAUAUGUGCUGGGAAACAAGCUAAGGCAGUUACCAUGCAAGCAUGAAUUCCAUGUACAUUGCAUCGAUCGAUGGCUUUCUGAAAAUUCCACUUGUCCAAUUUGUCGGCAAUCUGUAGUGAUGUGAUAUCACAGAUAAUGGAGAUAAUGGAGAAGUCCUCAAAUUAUUGACCCUGCUGGGUCUAUUGGAAGCUGGCUGAUAUUUUUGUACUAUUCUGAAUAAGGAAAAGAGAUUGAUGUUGAAAAUGGGAGAAAAUCUGACUACAUUUAGGAGCAAACAAAGGUCAUUCUGAUUACCUUAACAUAAUUAUAAUUUAUAUAUAUAUAGGUAUCAAAAGUACUUUUAUAAUACAGAAAUGUGAUAGCUUGUGUUGCUGAGAACCUGAUGUGUUUUGUGAUUGUUGUUGUUUUUUGUUAAGUUUGUUCCAUGUUGUUAUCAAAUAGUGUUUCAUUUAUAAUGUGAACACCAUUUGUUAUAAAAGGGUCUUCCUGACUAUCUUCUAGGACACUUGGCAGAAGACACUUAAGUUUCUUGAAAUGUUUUACUACGCGAUGCAUAUUCGUGAAAAUCAAUAAGUUGAGCGCAGUUGGUUUUAUUUAUCUUUUUUGCAGGCAUUUUUUGUAUGUUCUGCCAUCUCUUGUUUCUAUGUGGACUUUGAAAUAUUAAAGAGCAUUUAGACUUUU